AUGUACCGUCGUUUGUUUCGUGGCUCUUUGCCAUGCGUGACAUUUGUUCGAUGGACUGCCACGGACAGCUAUAUUAACCGCCAUAUUGGUCCAACAACGGCUGAGACAAUGUCGAUGCUUCGAACGGUUGGAAAAGAGAGUCUCUCUGAUUUGAUGACGGCUGCUAUUCCAGGGGAUAUUGUACGCCCACCCUUGACGGAGGUGGCGGCUAUGAGUGAGAUGGAUGCUCUCGCACUCGUGCGCUCUCUUGGUGCGCGAAACAAGGUACUAAAAAGCAUGAUUGGUCAGGGGUACUACGAGUCCAUUACUCCUCCUGUCAUACUUCGCAACGUCAUUGAAAAUCCUGGAUGGUACACACCCUACACACCAUACCAAGCUGAGAUUGCACAAGGACGUCUGGAGUCCCUUUUGAAUUUCCAAACCAUGGUUAUGGAUUUGACAAAGAUGGAUGUGGCAAAUGCAUCUCUUCUUGACCAAGCGACAGCAUCAUCCGAGGCGAUGCAUCUUGCUUUUCAGCAUGGUCAACGAAAGCGGAAUACGUUCUUCGUAUCAAAAACUGUUUUUCCAUCCUGCAUUGAGAUGGUUAAGACAAGAGCCGAACCGCUCAAGAUAAACGUCGUCGUGGGCGACACGAAUCUGAUUGACUGGACUGACAGUUCCUUGUUUGGUAUCCUUGUACAAACACCAGAUGCGAUGGGCAUGCUUCAUGACUUCUCACCACUGUUCGAGAAUGCAAAGAAGCACGGUGUCAUUAGUUGCUGUGGGACCGACUUGAUGGCUUGUGUUCUUGUCAAGCCACCUGGUGAAAUGAAUGCAGAUGUGGUUGUGGGAUCCUCCCAGCGUUUUGGUGUUCCACUAGGAUAUGGAGGUCCUCACGCCGCGUUCUUUGCUGUCAAGGAGCAGUUUAAGAGGUUGAUGCCGGGACGUGUGAUCGGCGUCAGUAAGGAUUCUGCCGGAGAGCCAUCCAUACGCAUGGCGCUGCAGACACGUGAACAACAUAUUAAGCGUGAGCGCGCCACAUCAAAUAUCUGUACUGCACAAGCGUUAUUGGCCAACGUGAGUGGGUUUUAUGCCGCCUACCAUGGUCCAGAUGGUCUAAAUGAGAUUGCCAAUGAGAUACACGGCAAGGCGAAAGUGCUCGCUGUUGGUAUGGAAUCAGUAGGACACUCUGUGGUAAACAGUGCAUUUUUCGACACUGUUACUGUGAACCUAAAAGGCAUUACAGCGGAGGAUUACAAGACACGAUGUGUUGAGAAGGGUAUUAAUGUUUUUGUUGAUUACAGUAAUGGGACUGUCUCCAUUUCUGUGGAUGAGGCAACAACGGAUGGACACAUUGUGUCACUUUUGGAGGCUGCAGGGUUGAAGCUUCCCGUCGUCGCAGCCCUUUCCAAAAUAGCCGAUCAGAAAUCGGUACUACCGUUGGAUCUGGUGCGGAAGUCUGAUUUCCUGAAACACUCAACGUUUCAAAAGUACAAGAGUGAAAGUGAACUGAUGCGCUAUAUUCAUCGUCUACAACGAAAGGAUUACGGCCUUACGCAUGGUUGCGUCCCGUUGGGAUCUUGCACCAUGAAGCUUAACCCUGCCGCUGCUAUGUUACCACUCUCUUGGCCAGAAUUCACCAAUGUGCAUCCCCUUGCCCCAGUGGACCAAGUGCGAGGGUACAGUGCGUUGUGUCUAGAUCUUGAGCAAAAGUUAAGGGAAAUUACCGGUCUGGAUGCGGUAUCGCUUCAGCCUAAUAGUGGCGCCCAAGGUGAAUACGCUGGGCUUCGUGUUAUUCGUGCGUACCAUCUAUCAAUGAAGGAAGGACACCGCAACGUCUGUUUGAUUCCAGAGAGUGCGCAUGGUACGAAUCCAGCUUCGGCAACAUUGGCAGGAAUGAAUAUUGUCUUGGUGAAAUGCUUGUCUAACGGCAGGGUUGAUAUCAAUGACCUGGAGAAAUCUUGCCAAAAACACGCAAAGGAGUUGUCGUGUAUCAUGAUAACAUAUCCAAGUACGUAUGGCUUGUUUGACAAGGAUAUUUUAUCCAUUACAUCAAUGGCGCACUACUACGGUGGACAAUGCUACAUUGAUGGGGCAAAUCUUAACGCCAUGGUUGGCUAUACAGGCCCUGGAUAUAUCGGUGGCGACGUGUGCCACAUUAAUCUCCACAAGACGUUUUCAAUUCCCCAUGGUGGUGGCGGCCCCGGAAUGGGCCCUAUAGCUGUCCGUCAACAUCUGGCCCCCUUUUUGCCAAAUUCUGUUUUCAACCAAAAAGUUGGCGGUUCACAGCCAUUCGGCCAAGUCUCACAAUCAGCGUACGGAUCAGCAUCAAUUCUUCCGAUAUCGUACAUGUUGAUGUUAAUGCUUGGAUCACACGGGCUCAAAACUUGUACAGAGUACGCCGUUUUGAAUGCAAACUACUUGAAGAAGCGCCUAGAGAACCAUUAUACGAUUCUUUUCCUGGGUGGAGAAAACUACUGCGCUCAUGAGUUUAUCGUUGAUCUUCGACGGUUCAAGAAGACAGCUCAUAUUGAGGCGGAGGACGUGGCCAAACGGUUGAUGGACUACGGAAUUCACUCGCCAACACUGGCGUUUCCUGUACCCGGGACUUUAAUGAUUGAACCCACCGAAUCAGAACCCAAGCGGGAGUUGGAUCGCUUGGCAGAUGCACUAAUUUCCAUUCGAGGUGAGAUUGCCGCCAUUGAAAAAGGUGAACAACCAGUGGAUAACAAUGUUUUGAAGAAUGCACCACACACGGCAAGAUGUGUCACCGAUGAUAAAUGGGACAAACCAUAUGAUCGGCGUUUGGCGGCAUUCCCUUAUCCUUACUCGUACGUUGAAAAGUACUGGCCGACUGUGGGUCGCAUUGACGGGGUUUACGGAGAUCGUCACCUCAUGUGCAGUUGCGCCUCCCUCGACUUUUACAACUAG